CACUGGACUAGUCUACCACGCGAAUUGUUUCCGAACACAUGUGUUUUUAUAUCAAUUAAAUUGCGCGCGAAAAAAAAUUGUCAUAUGUCAGUUACGAAAAGCGCGCGAAAUGAAUCCGAUAUCAGUAACAGUUUGGGCAUUGGAAACCCAUUGUUUUCUAGUGUAUAGUGUUUUGGCGGCGGUUUUUAUCGUAUUCACAGAGUUCCACAGAAAUAGACUGCAAGUGCUCGAAAAUAGAAUUGGCGAUAUCAAGAAAGUUCCAAAUGUUUAUUCUGCGAGAAAAGACCGAGAAGAACCAGACGAUGAAGAUGACCCAGAUUACCUCAUAUCAGCAAUUCCAGAGGACACCCUCCAUAUUCCUUACAAACCUCUGUGGAGGUCCACAGAAGAAGUAAUUCAAAGGUCCAGAGAGUACUAUGAUCUCAUGGCAACACGACGCACAGUGAGGAGCUUUAGUACGGAGCCAAUACCUCCAGAAGUUUUAGAAAAUAUCAUUAAAACCGCUGGUACAUCCCCGUCUGGAGCACAUACAGAACCCUGGACCUUUGUAGUGGUUCAGGACCCAAAUGUGAAAGAAGCAAUAAGGAACAUUGUAGAAGAAGAAGAGGAUCUAAACUACGCAAGAAGAAUGUCUAGACAAUGGGUUGCGGAUUUAAAACCGUUUGCCACAAAUGCUUCCAAGCCAUACUUAUGUGAUGCACCAGCGUUAAUACUGGUUUUCAGGCAGACCCACUCAAUGAGGGAAGACGGAAAGAAGCGUAUGCAUUACUACAACGAGAUCAGUGUAGCUAUUGCUGCUGGGAUAUUGCUGACAGCUAUUCAGUACUGUGGACUAGUAGCUCUCACGUCAACCCCAUUGAACUGUAAUGCGCGUCUUCGAGACCUUCUUUCGAGACCUUCCAACGAGAGACUGGAGUUGCUACUACCUAUAGGGAGACCCCAUCCAGAUGCAACAGUUCCUGACCUCGAAAGAAAACCCUUGGAUCAGAUAAUGAUCAAAGUCUGAUAUUUGAAUAAUAUACAUUACUUGGCAUUCGAGCAAUGUUUAAGAAAUAUUGUAUCUUGUCCUAGAUCUGAAUAAUGCUCAAUUUGUUUUAUAUUGUUCCUAGGAAACUAAGUUCUAUGUUGGUUUUAAAUAAAUAUAUAAGAGAUUUUA